GGGAUGCUGAUUAGCUCCGAGGAACGGUCCGGCGUCCCCCAAACAAAACCCGGCUGCUGAGACACAACGCCUGGGGCGUGCUGGGCUGUUUUUGUGUCGGGGGGACCAGAGAGAACGCGUUGCGCCUUUAAGGAGUCAAGCCACGCCUACCGCUGAGAGCAGAACGCGCAGGUGCGAGAACCUGGGCCCGGAGGGCAGUGAUCCGGCUGCGGGACCCCGGCCUCUCAGGUGAAUCAGGUGUCAGCAAACCUCAAGGAACAGGAUGGAUCUUGAUGUGGUUAACAUGUUUGUGAUUGCGGGUGGGACACUGGCCAUUCCAAUCCUGGCAUUCGUCGCUUCUUUUCUCCUGUGGCCUUCAGCGCUGAUAAGAAUCUAUUACUGGUACUGGCGGAGGACACUGGGUAUGCAAGUCCGCUAUGUACACCAUGAGGACUAUCAGUUCUGUUACUCCUUCCGGGGCAGGCCAGGACACAAGCCAUCCAUCCUGAUGCUCCAUGGAUUCUCUGCACACAAGGAUAUGUGGCUCAGCGUGGUCAAGUUCCUUCCAAAGAACCUGCACUUGGUCUGUGUGGACAUGCCUGGACAUGAAGGCACCACCCGCUCUUCCCUGGAUGAUCUGUCCAUAGAUGGGCAAGUUAAAAGGAUACACCAGUUUGUAGAAUGUCUUAAGCUGAACAAAAAGCCCUUUCACCUUAUAGGCACCUCCAUGGGUGGCCACGUGGCUGGAGUCUAUGCCGCUUACUACCCAUCUGAUGUCUGCAGCCUGUGUCUUGUGUGCCCUGCUGGCCUGCAGUAUUCAACUGACAAUCAGUUUGUACAACGGCUCAAAGAGCUGCAGGAAACAGCUGCUGUUCAGAAAAUUCCCUUGAUCCCAUCCACCCCGGAAGAGAUGAGUGAGAUGCUGCAGCUCUGCUCUUAUGUCCGCUUCAAGGUGCCCCAGCAGAUCCUUCAGGGUCUUGUUGAUGUUCGCAUCCCUCAUAACAGCUUCUACCGGAAACUGUUUUUGGAAAUCGUCAGUGAGAAAUCCAGAUACUCUUUGCAUCAGAACAUGGACAAGAUCAAGGUCCCAACUCAGAUCAUUUGGGGAAAACAAGACCAGGUGCUUGAUGUGUCUGGGGCAGACAUAUUAGCCAAGUCAAUCACUAACUGCCAGGUAGAGCUUCUGGAAAAUUGUGGCCAUUCAGUGGUGAUGGAAAGACCCAGGAAAACAGCCAAGCUCAUUGUUGACUUUUUAGCUUCUGUGCAUAACACAGACAACCACAAGAAGCUGAACUGAGGCCGCUGCCACAGCCUGCAUUGUGCACACAGCAUCUGCUCCCAUCCCCAAAACCUGACACAGUCGCCUCUCUCAGGGAUCCUGCCCCAAAUGCCAAUGGAGCAUCAAUGUCCCUGAGGAAGUCAGUCUCCUAUCCCAGUAUUCUUGGUUCCACAGAGCAUCAGGGGCUACAAGGAAACCUCCAACAUCUUUUUUCAGAAUAGAAACCUAAAUGGAACAAAAUAAAAAUAUACCCACCCACAAAGCCUACUAGAUGUCUUCAAGUUCAUGUCACUGAGAAGCCAGUGCUAAGCAGCUACCUUGGAUCAUGCUCAUCAAGGACAUUUUCUUUAAGACAUUCCACACACAUUAAACCUGAGCUGUUUUUUGUUGCUUCAGAUGUACCCUCUGCAUGGUCAGUGGCUUCUUCUACAGGAGCCUUAGUCAUUUAGUGAACUCUCUUGUUUAGAUCUAAUUCAAGUUUUGCAUAAAGGCCCAUGUGUGAGUGUAGCCCAUUGGCCAUAAGACAAGAGAAGAGACAGCAAGCUGAGGAAGAGGUUUCUGCCCUAGGCCUGAUGCACAGACCUGGAAUCUCAGCCACUUGGGAGGCUUGAGGCACCAAGUUCAAGGCCUGCCUGGGGUACAGAGUAAGUUCAAGGCCAGCCUGAGCUACUGACUGAGACAAUUUCCAAAAAUAGAAAAGAGAGAAAUGUUUCUACCUGUUUUUUUUUUUUUGUUUUGUUUUGUUUUGUUUUGUUUUGUUUUCCAUGUAGAAACAUACACUAGGGGCCAUUUUUCUGCCUCAGAACUCGCAGACUGGUGGGUUUGGGUACCUACAAAUCAGAUAUGCCAUGAGUGACCAGAACAAAGAACACCUGACAGGGUGUGUUUCCUAGGAAAAAAAAAAAUUUAUAAUUUUUAAAAAUAGGACUAAUAAAGCAAUAAUGUUCCAGACUUCUAUCUAAUCAGAGUGGAGUUCCACACCAAGCAGCUAGCUCAUGGGCAUCUUUUCUAGUCUGCUAUUCUACUGAAAACCCUUGGAUGUAAAAUACUCGCUUGUUAAUGAAUUCUGUGAAUUCUGUGAACAAUAAUGUGAUCAAAAAAACUAAAUCCAAACAGCUGUAAAAGUGAACACAAUAAUGUGAAAUAAAUUUACUAAGUCUAGGCUGGCAACACA